AUGGCCAUCUGCAAGGCCCAGAGCUAUGUGACCAUCAUGAGCCGAUCCGUGUGUGCCUUCCUGGUGGGGGCCGCUGUGCUCUUAGGCUUUGUUCACAGUGGGAUACAGGUUCUACUUAUGGUCCAGUUACCAUUCUGUGGCCCCAACAUCAUUGACCACUUCAUGUGUGACCUGGUCCCACUCCUGGAGCUGGCUUGCACUGACACUCGCACCCUGGGGCCCCUGAUCACUGCCAACAGUGGCUCACUACGUCUGCUCACUUUGUCUCUGCUGGCUGCUUCCUAUGUCAUCAUCCUGCAUUCCCUGAGGACAUACAGCUCUUCUGGGCGCAACAAAGCCCUGUCCACCUGUGCCUCCCAUAUCACAGUUGUCGUCUUAUUCUUUGUGCCUUGUUCAUAUCUCUACCUAAGACCCGUGACCUCCUUCCCCACCGACAAAGCUGUGACUGUGUUCUGCACCCUAAUAACACCCAUGCUGAACCCUUUAAUCUACACCCUCAGAAAUGAGGAAGUAAAGAGAAUUAUGAAGAAGCUCUGGGGUCAAAUAAUGAAAAGGGAAGAAAAAUAA